AUGCCGCUGGCCGGGUGCGGCCAGGAGCAGCUGUCCCCGGAGUCGCGCACCGACUUCCUGCACGCGCUGGUGCCGCUCACGCCCAAGCAGCUCAUCCAUGUGCGCCUGGCGCCGACGCAGGUGGACUACGGCACCGUGGGCGUGGGCAGCCGCGUGAGCACCAAGGUGCGCGUGCACAACGACAACGCGCUGCCCGUCAAAGUGAACAUCGGGUCGCCGGUGGUGUGCGUCUCGGUGGUCGGAGACGGCGUGGUGUACGUGCACCCGCACGACGCCGCCGAGCUCGAGAUCGUCUUCCAGCCCACCACACUGGGGCGCUUCAAC